GAGAUAAGACGUUGGAAACCAUAGCAUUACGCAAGCAAGUCUAAACAGCCUUUCGAUCGUUGACAGACUGCACACUGAAAACCUCUUUUGUUGAUGGUCUUCAUGUAGGUAGGUCUUCACCAAGUCUAUCGCUCUCCCAAGACGAGCCUUCAGGCUGGGUAUUGGUCAACGGUCAUCGAGCCUGAGUAGGAGUAUUCGGGAACAAUCUUCGCCUGAUAAGGAGUGCAAGGACACCAGUUAUGAUCCCCCGGGCAUCCCUGUUGCUGCUCCCCGUGGCGGGAGUCAUCUUCCUGGCACUGCACGCUGUCCAAGGUUCAGGGCUCAGGAGAGUAUGUUACUACACCAACUGGUCUCAGUAUCGUCCUGGGAAGGGGAAAUACGCGCCGGAGAAUGUUAACCCUAACCUCUGCACGCACUACGUGUACGCCUUUGCCACUUUGCUAGGCAACAGGGUCAAAGCUUUUGAAUGGAAUGACCUGUCCACAGCUUGGAGCAAAGGAAUGUUCGAACGUUUUAUGGCGAUGAAGAAAGUCAAUCCUAGCAUGAAGACCCUGCUUGCUGUUGGGGGCUGGAAUCUUGGGUCGGGGCCGUUCCAUCAGAUGUCCCACACUCCCUCGGGGAGGAAGGAGUUCGCCGACUCUGUUGUCAAAUUCGUCCGAGACAACAAUUUCGAUGGCGUGGAUGUAGACUGGGAGUAUCCUGCAAACAGAGGCAGUCCACCAGAGGAUAAACAUCAUUAUACCGAGAUGCUUAAGGCAGUGUACGAUGCCUUUGUGGUGGAAGCGCAGCAAUCUGGUAGACCCCGACUGAUGUUGACGGCGGCCGUGGCGGCGGGAAAACCCAACAUUGACACUGCAUACGAAAUCCCGGAAAUUUCACGGAUCUUGGACUUCAUCAGUGUGAUGACCUAUGACCUGCACGGCAGUUGGGAGGACCACACCGGUCACAACAGCCCUCUGUAUCCACGUAUUGACGAGACCAACGAUGACAAGUACCUUAAUCUGCAUUGGGCAGCUGAAUACUGGGUGAAGAUGGGCGCUCCCAAAGAGAAACUAAACAUAGGCUUGGCUCUAUAUGGUCGCACGUUCACCCUGUCAACUGCUGACAACACCCUAGGUGCACCUGCCAGUGGCCCCGGCACAGCAGGACCGUACACACGCGAGAAGGGCUUCCUGUCUUACCAGGAGAUUUGUGAAAUGGAGCAAAAUGGUGGCAGGGUUGUUGAUAUUCCCGAACAGCGUGUCCGCUAUAUUACCCGAGGCGACCAGUGGGUGGGAUAUGACGACAAACUGAGUCUCAGCCAGAAGGUGUGCUACAUCAAGUCGUCCGGUUUUGGAGGCGUCAUGGUGUGGGCCCUGGACUUGGAUGACUUCUCAGGGGCCGACUGUGGCCAAGGCCCCUAUCCCCUACUCCACGCCAUCGUGGACGAACUCGCCACCCCAGACAGAACUAACUGUGUAGGACCAGGGCCGCACCAGGAUAUUAACCAUGGUUCCGUCACCACUCAGCGUCCAGCGAUCACCACUCGGAAACCCAACACUCCCCCGCAGGUCGUCGUGACGAACCCACCACCCGUCACCAACGGCCCUGUUUACACUACGCCGCGCAUUAAGCCCGUCAAGGACUUCAAUUGCUAUGGACGAAUUAGCGACUUCUACCCUAGUCCCUACAGCUGCGAGGAGUACUUCAUCUGUGCCAAUGGCAUGGCCUUCCGGGUCAACUGUGCCGUGGGGUUGCGCUUCAACCCUCAGACCAAAUAUUGCGACCGUGCAGCCAACGUCCCAUGUAACAGUGGCAACAACACACCCGGGCCCACACACUUCGUCAGCAAGAGGCCUCAGGUCACUACGGCUCCACCACCUACAAGUACAACUAGCACCACGACUACCAGCACUCCGAGGUUAACUGUUCAACCAAUAACGCCAAAGCCAUACACACCAAUCCGUACCACACAGAGGCCCUACACACAGAGGCCUUACACACCCAGAAAAUCCACUUGGAACCCUACAGCGAUAAACAUUGGGGACUUCUGUCAAGGCCGUUCCAACGGCCUAUACCGUGACCCCUACAUUUGCUCGAAGUACUACCAAUGCUACAUGCAGCUUGGCUUCGUGCUCGACUGCCCUCCAUACAUGGCGUUCAACGAGGACAUUAAGGCCUGCGACUUCCCGUACAGAGUGCCCGGAUGUAUGAUCCCCCGGGCAUCCCUGUUGCUGCUCCCCGUGGCGGGAGUCAUCUUCCUGGCACUGCACGCUGUCCAAGGUUCAGACCUCAGGAGAGUGUGUUACUACACCAACUGGUCUCAGUAUCGUUCCGGUAAAGGGAAAUACACGCCGGAGAAUGUUAACCCUAACCUCUGCACACACUACGUGUACGCCUUCGCCACCUUGCUAGGCAACAGGAUCAAAGCUUUUGAAUGGAAUGACCUGUCCACAUCUUGGAGCAAAGGAAUGUUCGAACGUUUUAUGGCGUUGAAGAAAACCAAUCCAAGCAUGAAGGCCCUGCUUGCUGUUGGGGGCUGGAAUCUUAAGUCGAUGCCGUUCCAUGAGAUGUCCCACACUCCCUCGGGGAGGAAGGAGUUCGCGGACUCUGUUGUCAAAUUCCUCCGAGACAACAAAUUCGAUGGCGUGGAUGUUGACUGGGAGUAUCCUGCAAACAGAGGCGGUCCACCAGAGGAUAAACAUCACUUUACCGAAUUGCUUCAGGCACUGUACGAUGCUUUUGUGGCGGAAGCGCAGCAAUCUGGUAGACCCCGACUGAUGUUGACGGCGGCCGUGGCGGCGGGAAAACCCAACAUUGACACUGCAUACGAAAUCCCGGAAAUAUCAAAGAUCUUGGACUUCAUCAGUGUGAUGACCUAUGACCUGCACGGCAGUUGGGAGGACCACACCGGCCCCAACAGCCCUCUGUAUCCACGUAUUGACGAGACCAACGAUGACAGGUACCUUAAUCUGCAUUGGGCAGCUGAAUACUGGGUGAAGAUGGGCGCUCCUAGAGAGAAACUAAACAUAGGCGUGGCUCUAUAUGGUCGCACGUUCACCCUGUCAACUGCUGACAACACCCUAGGUGCACCUGCCAGUGGCCCCGGCGCAAAAGGACCGUACACAGGCGAGGCGGGCUUCCUGUCUUACCAGGAGAUUUGUGAAAUGGAGCAAAAUGGUGGCAAAAUUGUAGAUAUUCCCGAACAGCGAGUCCGCUAUAUUACCCGAGGCGAUCAGUGGGUGGGCUACGACGACAAACUAAGUCUCCGGCAGAAGGUGUGCUACAUCAAGUCGUCCGGCUUUGGAGGCGUCAUGGUGUGGGCCGUGGACUUGGAUGACUUCUCAGGGGCCGACUGUGGCCAAGGCCCCUAUCCCCUACUCCACGCCAUCGUGGACGAACUCGCCACCCCAGACAGAACUAACUGUGUAGGACCAGGACCGCACCAGGAUAUUCACCAUGAAUCCGCCACCACUCAGCCUCCAGCGAUCACCACUCGGAAACCCAACACUCCCUCGCAGGUCGUUGUGACGAACCCACCACACAUCACCAACGGCCCUGUUUACACUACGCCGCGCAUUCAGCACGGCACGAACUUCUGCUAUGGCCGAAUCAGCGACUUCUACCUUAGUCCCUACAACUGUGCGGAAUACUUCAUCUGUGCCAAUAACAUGACCUUCGCGGUCAACUGUGCCCCGGGGUUACACUUCAACCCUAAAGCCAAAUAUUGCGACCGUGCAGACAACGUCCCGUGUCACAGUGGCAUCAACACACCCGGGCCCACACACUUCGUCAGCAAGAGGCCUAAGGUCACUAAGGCUCCACUACCUACAAGUACAACUAGCACCACGACUACCAGGUUAACUGUUCAACCAAUAACGCGAGAGACAUACGCACCAAUCCAUACCUCACAGAGGCCCUACACACAGAGGCCUUCUACACAGGAGCCUUACACACAGAGGCCUUCUACACAGGAGCCUUACACACAGAGGCCUUCUACACAGGUGCCUUACACACAGAGGCCUUACACACCCAAACAAACUACUGGGAACCCUGCAGCGAAAACCAUUGGCGACUUCUGUGAAAGUAAUGGCAACGGCCUAUACCGUGACCCCUACAGUUGUUCGAAGUACUACGAAUGCUUCAUGCACCUUGGCUUCGAGAGGACCUGCCCCGAAUACGAGGUGUUCAACGUGCGCGUCCAAGCCUGCGACUAUGCCUACAGAGUGCCCGGAUGUUGACGUCAUCAAGAACACCCGUCUGUGUACAAAUAAACCAGCGGCACAUUU